AUGGUGAUGAAAGGCUUCGGAGCCUUGAGAUUCCUCUUGAAAGCGAAGAGCUCCCGACGGAACGCGUGGGGGAACCUUUCCUACGCCGACCUCAUCACCAAAGCCAUUGAGAGCGCCCCGGACAAGAGACUCACGCUCUCGCAAAUCUACGACUGGAUGGUCCGCUACGUGCCCUACUUCAAGGAUAAAGGCGACAGCAACAGCUCGGCCGGCUGGAAGAACUCCAUCCGGCACAACCUGUCGCUGCACACCCGGUUCAUCCGCGUGCAGAACGAGGGCACUGGCAAAAGUUCGUGGUGGAUGCUGAACCCUGAGGGAGGAAAGACUGGCAAGACCCCGCGGCGCCGGGCCGUGUCCAUGGACAACGGGGCCAAAUUCCUGCGCAUCAAGGGCAAAGCGAGCAAGAAGAAGCAACUGCACCUGCCAGAGCGGAGCCCGGACGACAGCCCUCCGGGUGCACCGGCUGCAGGGCCCCUAUCGGCCUCCGCCAAGUGGGCCGCCAGCCCGGCCUCACAUGCCAGCGACGACUAUGAGGCGUGGGCCGACUUCCGCGGCAGCGGGAGACCCUUGCUCGGGGAGGCAGCCGAGCUGGAGGACGACGAGGCCCUGGAGGCCCUUGCACCGUCCUCGCCUCUCAUGUACCCGAGUCCCGCAAGCGCGCUUUCGCCCGCCCUGGGGCCGGCCGACCUGGACCUCGACAUGUUCAGCGGAAGCCUCGAGUGUGACGUCGAGUCCAUCAUCCUCAACGACUUCAUGGACAGCGACGAAAUGGACUUCAAUUUCGACUCAGCCCUGCCUCCACCUCCCCCGGGCCUGGCCGGGGCGCCGCCCCCUAACCAGAGUUGGGUGCCGGGCUGA